UGAAAUCGUUACUAAGAGAAAUAAAAAAAGUCAACCUCCGCCACCAUUUAAGAAUGAAUGGAUGAAACUCUAACAAUUCAUUUAUAUUGGCCUCAAGUAAAGUCAGGUGAACGACGAUUUAAUAGGUAGCUAACUUUAUCGUUAUCUUUGCCAUAUUAACUGCCUUCUUGCGAGAGAAAAAAACGAAUGGAAUGGUUACUGAUAUAGACAUGUGUUAAACAAAAUAAAAUAUGUCUUUCUCAUCUAAAAAACGAAGAAAAGCUAAGAAAAAUCCGGUUGAAGAAGAAAGUGGAUUUGGUCAGCAUGUCCGUUUUGACACAUCAAAUGCCAAAUUGUUGGGGAAGCGAUUGCAAUGUUCCAUAAGUGAGCUCCAUACAUGCCACGAAAAGAUUGAGAAAAAGGAAGCGAAAUUGAGAAACGAUAGCCACUACAGAAGCAAAACGCUUCCCGAAUUACGAGUAAAGCGUGGAGGGUUAAUUAAAGAUAUACCGAAAACACAUGAAGAACUUGGGAACAUUUUAAAAUGUGUACCAGAUGAAUUACAGACAGAACCUAAACAGAGGAAUUUCGCCUCCUUAGGCCAUGCGACAAAUAGGACAAAACAAAGGACUCAUUUAACAGACUUAACUCGUGAACAUGGACACGAUACUUCUGACAUGCUCUCUUGCACAGAUUGUUGGCGUAAGGAUCAGCAAAUAAUCCACUUACAAGACCAGUUGCAAAGGCAUGAAAGAAAUGAGAACAGAAGAAAAUGUCCCCAGUGUGACAUCAAAGAAGCCGAAGUCUCCAGUUUACAAGACCAAGAAAAAUACUUGCAAAGGCAGAUCGACGAUAUGAAGGAGAAGGCUAAUGCACGUAUAAAACAAUUGGAAGACCAGAUAAGGGCCACGUCGAGCCAGAUAGACGGUUUACAGCAAAGCUUUCAGAAGGAAAGACGGGAAAAGGAGGAUGCGCUGACACGCUUAAGUUCGCUAGCUUCAAGCAAGUUACGGGACAAUAACCCGAAUAUUACGGACUUGAGUGACCAAAACCGGCCAACCAAGAUCGCGGAGAAAAUGUCCGAACUCUAUGAUAACGAAUGGACAGAAGCCUUUGACAGUCUCGAGCAGUCAAUGGACGAAACAGAUAUAAUCAAAUCGCUUUUUGGCGUUUUGAAGGAAGUUUUUAAAACCUGCAAAACAUUAGCGUGGAAUGACUUUUUUAAGAAAAUACAGGCUGAUAUGUAUCCCCACAUAAAGGUUUAUCUUUUUUGUUUAUUUUAUUUGUAA